CUAGCUAAUUUUCUUGGUAUAUAUAAUAUAAUGGUCAGCCUCAUUUCUUUCUGCCUCUUUCUUUCCUUCAUCAGUUUCGUCCUGAUGAGACAAUGGAUGAAGCCGAAAAGCGGCCGGAAUUUGCCUCCCGGACCGAGGAAACUGCCACUCAUCGGAAACAUGCACAAUUUAGUAGGCAAAGUCCCACACGUUGCCCUUAGAGACUUGUCCAAACAGUACGGCAAGGAGCUGAUGCACCUUCAACUCGGAGAAGUUUGUGUUGUGGUGGUCUCGUCAGCCGAGGUAGCCAAACUGUUCCUCAAAACUCACGACCUCGACUUCGCCAGUAGACCCAGAAUUCUAGCCGGCGACGAGAUCUUUUACGAUAGAUCUGACCUCGUUUUUACUCCUUACGGUGAGUACUGGAGACAAAUGCGUAAAGUUUGUAUGACGGAACUCCUCAGUGCCAGAACCGUACGUUCCUUCAGCUACAUCAGGCAAGAUGAGAGUCAUCAUCUAUUGGAUCGUGUCCGUUCAUCAUCGGGCGUUGGCAGGCCAAUCAAUAUAGUUGAUGAAAUCACCACAUUUAUGACCUCCGUAAUUUGUAGAGCUGCAUUUGGUAAGACGUUGAAAAGGACAGAAGACUUAGUUAAGGUUUUGAACGAAAUAAUGAUCCUGGCGAGUAGCUUUUGCGUGGCUGAUACAUUUCCCUCUCGGAAAAUCCUUCACUUUCUGACCGGAGAAAAGAGAAGGAUGGUGAAAGUUGGGCAAAAGACAGAUGAAAUCAUGGGAGACAUCAUAAAGGAGCACAGAAACAACUUAGGCAGUGGGAAAACGGGGAGUGGAGAAUCAGGUAGUGAGGACAUAGUUGAUGUCCUCAUAAAGCUAAAGGAUAGCGACAGUCUUCCAAUGUCUAUCACAGACGACAACAUCAAAGCUGUGAUUAUCGACAUGUUUGGAGGAGCAGUGGACACAUCAAUGACAACCACCGUGUGCGCCAUGGUGGAAAUGGUGAAGAAUCCGAGGGUGUUGGCGAAAGCACAAGCCCAAGUGAGGGAAGUGUUCAAAGGGAAAGAAAGGGUAGAAGAGAGCGAUGUGGAAAAGCUGGCAUACUUGAAUCUAGUGAUCAAAGAAACUUUGAGGCUUCAUCCCCCAGGUUUUCUGUUAUUCAGGGAGAACAGCAAAGAAAGUGUGGUUUGUGGAUACACCAUUCCGCCCAGAACAAGAGUUCUCAUCAAUGCCUGGGCCAUCAGCAGGGAUCCCCAAUACUGGGAAGACCCGGAGAGCUUUAAACCAGAGAGAUUUGAGGAUGAGCCCAUGGAUUUCACUGGAAGUGACUUCAAAUAUAUGCCAUUUGGGGGUGGAAGGAGGAUGUGCCCUGGCAUUUCAUUUGGUUUAGCAAAUGUUUACACUCCUUUGGCACACUUGCUUAACCAUUUUGAUUGGGAACUCCCUCAUGGAACCACACCUCAUACCUUGAAGCUCACAGAGUUGCCUGGAUUAGUCAUGGGAGUGAAGAAUGACAUUUUCUUCAUUGCUGCUCCUCCUCCUCCUACUGCUGCUUAACUAUCUUUAAAGAAAUAAAAUUAAUUAUAUAUAUCUAAUCUAAUCUAAAAACAUAAUAAGUCUCAAUCAAGGU